AUGGCCCCCUGUGCGGCGUUUCUGCUAUUGGGCCUGCUCGCGCCGGCCGCCGUCCUCGCCUCUUGGGACAUCGACGAGGAUGUUCGCCUCGACACGAUCGGGCUGCUGACGAAGUACGGGUACCCGGCGGAGGUGCACGAGGUGACGACGGACGACGGGUACAUCCUGUCGCUGCACCGCGUGCCCUACUCGCCCGCGUCGCCCCUGCAGGAGGGCAAGCAGAAGCCCGUGGUGUUCCUGCAGCACGGCCUGCUCUGCUCCUCCGCCGACUGGGUCGUCAUGGGGCCCGGCGCCGGCUUCGCGUACAUCUUGGCUGACGCUGGGUACGACGUGUGGAUGGGCAACGCUCGCGGGAACACGUACAGCCGUCGCCACAUCAAGUACAAGCCCGGGGGAUUGUUCAACUCCAAGUUCUGGAACUUCGACUGGCACGAAGUGGGCCUGUACGACCUCCCCGCCUCCAUCGACUACGUGCUGGAGCAGACUGGCGAGGAGAAGCUGUUCUACGCCGGCCACUCCAUGGGCACCACCGCCUUCUGGGUGAUGACUACUCAGCGUCCGCAGUACAACGACAAGAUUCGGGCCAUGUUCGCCCUGGCGCCCAUCGCCUACAUGGGUCACAUGACCUCUCCCUUCUUCCAGCUCCUCUCACUCGCCAACAAGCCGCUCGAGUUUCUGCUCAAUAUUAUGGGUGUCAACGAGUUCCUGCCGAACAACGAGUUGAUGACUCUGGGGGGCAAACUCCUGUGCCAAGACAAGGCUCUCACGCAGUUCAUGUGUGAGAACGUGCUGUUCUUGAUCGCUGGAUACGACAGUGAAGAACUCAACUCGCGUACAUCUUGGCUGACGCUGGGUACGACGUGUGGAUGGGCAACGCUCGCGGGUACAGCCGUCGCCAAUCAAGUACAAGCCCGGGGGAUUGUUUUAACCGCAAGUUUCUGGAACUUCCAACUGGCACUGAAGUGGGCCUGUAACGACUUCCCCGCCUCCUCGACUAACGUGCUUGGAGCAGACCUGGCGAGGAGAAAGCUGUUCUACGCCGGCCAACUCCAUGGCACCACCGCCUUCUGGGUGAUGACUACUGCAGGCGUCCGGAGUCAACGCAAGAUUCGGGCCAUGUUCGCCCUAGCGCCCAUCGCGUACAUGGGCUACAUGACCUCUCCCUUCUUCCAGCUCAUAUCCCUCGCCAACAAGCCGCUCGAGUUUCUGCUCAAUAUUAUGGGUGUCAACGAGUUCCUGCCGAACAACGAGCUAAUGACUCUGGGGGGCAAACUCCUGUGCCAAGACAAGGCUCUCACGCAGUUCAUGUGUGAGAACGUGCUGUUCCUGAUCGCUGGAUACGACAGUGAAGAACUCAACUCAACGAUGCUGCCUGUGAUCCUCGGCCACACCCCAGCUGGUGCUAGCACUAACGAGUUGCUGCACUACUCGCAGGAGAUUGUCUCGUUCAAGUUCCGUCAAUGGGACUACACGGCGACCAAUCUCUUCCACUACGGCUCGCUGACGCCGCCCAAAUACAAGCUGAGCAAGGUGACUGCUCCCGUAGCUCUGUUCUACAGCGGUAACGAUUGGCUCGCUGCCAUCAAGGAUGUUGACAAGUUGUACAAGGAAAUAAGUAACCCCAUUGGCAAGUUCAAGGUAACACAUAGCAAGUUUAACCAUCUGGACUACUUAUGGGCGAUCAAUGUGAAAGAAUUGGUGUACGAUAAGUACAAUACAAUACAAUACAAAAUAAAUAGAUCUUGCCAAGCAGUUUAUUUUAAAUUGUAUACAUGUAAAUAA